CGGAGUGUAUAUCUCACUUGCUCUCUAUGCCGACUGUCCUUAACUUUCUUGAGAUCGCAUUCAGUUCCUGAGGUAAGAUUGCUUUUACCGUGGUAGUCCCCCACGAGUAGUGUUCAUUGAUGGCUUCUGUGAUCUAAAAGACGUUUAAGCCAUUGAAAAACGGUGUUUCCUUUGGAGACGAAAUCUAAUUUUAGACCUCAGAGUCAAGUUACGUCCUCCUCAAGAUCAUCUCAGCCGGGAAGUGAAGUUCGUCGAAGUCAAAAGUGAAGCAAAUACUUGUGUGUCUCCAUGAAAAAUCAAGCAUUGGACUCGACACAUCGGUGAAAUUUGAAAAAUAAAGCGCUACCUGUCCUAUAACCGAAGUAACAAGUCGGAUAUCAAGUGAGACCGUGGUACCUCUAAUAGUACGGUAUACCAAUGCCGGUCCUACGAGGCUGGGUUGCAUGAAAAUGUUGUAAAAAGAAUCCCGAGUCCCUGCUGAGUGAUCAGAGCAGGGUGUUCUUUGUGCCAGGAUUGCAUGACUGAGGAUCAAUUGCUGCAAUGCUCGGAUCUACCUGCUUCGCCUCGUACUGAUACACCAGUGCUACGAUUACCUUUGUUGCAUCAGAACAAAGCCUGCUUGGUCUCGAAUCAGGAUCGGAUUGAAAUCAAGGCUAUGUAAUUGCUCGAAAAUUACCCCUUUUUAUCCACAGCAUCGAAAGUGACGCGAGAAAAGAGCACGAAUAACAUGGUUGUUGUGGCGGCCCUAAAGGCAAGAUAUUGCUUAUAUGGCUUGGUUGCGUCGGUGGGAUGAGAAGAAAUUAGUCAUCUCUAGCCUGGGAAUACGACUCAGAGCCAUGCAGGCCUACCUAAAUUGAGUGUCUGCCUCCUUUGGCAACCAAUCCGAUCGAGACGGUUUGUGUGAAGAAAAGAGAAAGAACAAGUUGAGAAGAAACCAAACAUCUGAAGCUGUCAUCAGUGAGGACGGAUGGUUUGUUCUGCUGUCUGCUAAAUAUUGAGACAUCGUCAAGUGAAUGCAAGUUCAAUAUCGCUUCCCUCUGUGGCAGUGUGCGUUCAGAAAAACUUCUAUUUUGUUCGGUGAUUGUCGUAGAGUCGUCCAUUAAUGAGUGCCUUUGACUUUGCGGAUGAAUCUGAGGCAUCUUUUUCGGAGUCCUUAGAGUCGGCGUGGAUCUUGGACCAUGUCCUGGAGACUCUGUCCGAAUGUCUGCAGCUCUCCUCGCUCUUGUUCCUGUUCCCCUCCACUCAUGAUGAUCCCGUGGUUGUUCCAACGCCCACCUUGAGACAUCACAUUCGGCAUUUUCUCAUUUGUAUGCUCGAGAUGUUGGCCAUUUUGUUUUGUAUUGCAUUUCUCAAACGUGUCCUUCAUUACGACGUAUUUGCGCCUUCCGUCUCCCACGCUUCGUUGACAUCCUUUGAGGAGGAAGAGGAAAACCAGGAACAAUUCAACAAUGGGGAAUCAAGUUGUGAAGGCGAUGAGCAACGAUGUCGGCCCUUUGUUCCACUCUUGCAAACCAAUCGUCAAGUCAGUGGAAGUACUUUUAUAGCCUCCUCUCAUCGAAGGGCUCUUAAACGAAAGUUCACAAAUCAUCAUCACGUGGAACCUGGGAACAGCAGUGAGGCCAGUGGAAACGCUAGCUCAUACAUUUCAAGUUCCUCGUCGGCAUCAUCUUAUUCAUUGUCAGAGCUAUCCAUAAGUAGCGAAUCAGUGGCGACAAGCUCGCUGAUAUCCGAGGAUGAUUCCAAUCUUGAUCUGAGUUCCACCCACGACGAUGAUGAUGAGGAAGAGGAGGAUCAAGUCAGUGUGAAUACUCAAAGCUAUUUGGCCAGUGAAAACUUCAAUUCCGUGAAUGCCACGUUAUCUCGAUACGAUAGCGAUGACAUCAGUGACGACGAAUCAUCGUUUGAUAAUGAGCUUAUUGAUACCGGUGUCUUCCCACAAAAUGGGAUGAUUCCUUUUGACGAUGGCGGCGAUGAGAAUCAUGUCAAAGUCAAAGACCACGAUAUUGAAGAAAAUUGCUCCAUUUGCUCCGAUAUCAGUUGGUUUCACGAGCAUUUUGAGAGAGAACAAAUAAUCAAGGAGGUAGAGAGCUCGGUCCUCGAGGUUUCUCUUAAACCUGACGAAAGAUCUGACACUCGCACUCAAGACGACAUUGAGGACGAGGAAGAGGAGGAGGAAGAAAUCUUGGGAUCCGAUGAUGAUGAACAAGAAGAUCCAAAGGAUUAUGUCAAAGGGGGAUAUCAUCCCGUCAAAAUUGGUGAUCUUUUCCACAAUCGGUACCACGUGGUGCGAAAGUUGGGAUGGGGUCAUUUUUCAACCGUCUGGCUCUGUUGGGAUCUCACGGACAAAAAGUUCGUAGCACUCAAAGUGGUCAAGAGUGCAGCCCAUUACACGGAGACCGCCUUGGACGAAAUCAAACUGCUCAAAUGCGUCCGCGAGAGUGAUGAGAAAGACGAAAAUCGCGAGCGCUGUGUCCAACUCUUGGAUGAUUUCAAGAUAAACGGAGUCAACGGCACCCACGUGUGUAUGGUUUUCGAGGUCUUGGGGCACAAUCUCCUUAAAUUCAUUAUCAGGAGCAACUAUCAAGGCAUUCCCUUGUAUAAUGUCAAGCUGAUCAUGAAACAGGUUCUCGAGGGUCUCCAAUACCUUCAUUCGAAAUGUCAAAUCAUCCACACGGAUAUCAAGCCGGAAAAUGUCCUCAUGUGUGUCGACGAGGCCCACAUCCGAAAGAUUGCCGCGGAUGCCACCUAUUUUCACAAAAUGGGAAUCAAAUUGCCUGGAUCAGCAGUGAGUACAGCUCCUAAGGAGCUCCGGGAAGUGGAUAUGAACGCCAAGAUGUCGAAAUCCAAGAAGAAGAAGCUGAAAAAACGAGCCAAACGAAAUCAAGCUCUCAUGGAGGAGACGAUGCAACACAUCGAGGAGGUGGAACGAGAAGAGAUGAGCCACAAGGACAAGGACACCAACGACGAGGACACCAACGACCAUCAUCAUAACAAGAUCAAUGGAGCCCGAGGUGACAACAGCGGACAAGAGAAUGGCAAGACCAUUCUCGAGGAUGGCGAGCACGACGACGACGAACGAGAGACGGCCGUGGUCAAGACUCAGUUCCGAGAACAAGACUCCAAGAAAACUCACCAUGGCGAAGAUGAAGUCACCGUCGAUGAUAUUGAGAAACGCAAGUCGUUUGCCGAUAUGAAAAUGGCCGACAUUGCUCUGGGUGGCCAAGACUGGAACUUUUCAAGUAAAGAGAGUAACCACAAGAAAAGUGCCGAAUCCGACUUGGUGUGCAAUGGCCACGAAGACCCCGGUGGCUUGGAAAUGGCCUCGAGUAAAAAGAAGAACAACGCUCGAGGACUAGGUUCCGUCGACGCCCACAGCGAUGCGAAUACGCCCACCAAAAAGAACCACCCCUCAUCGCCGGAGGCUGAGAAACUCAACGAAUCCAAUGGCAGUGGGGACGGGGGUUUGCCCAAUUUUGGCAUGGGUGCCGGCACACCCGGAACUCCCGCCCAACGAAAACCCGAUCCUGUCCAUGAAAUCUGUCCUGAGAUGCAAGUGAAGAUUGCCGAUCUGGGCAAUGCCUGUUGGGUGGACCAUCAUUUUACCGAAGACAUUCAGACACGGCAAUACCGAAGCCUGGAGGUUUUACUUGGGGCGGGUUACGGCCCCCCUGCGGACAUCUGGUCCACAGCUUGCAUGGCUUUCGAAAUGGCCACAGGCGACUAUCUAUUCGAACCCCAUUCGGGCGAGGAUUAUUCACGUGAUGAAGACCAUCUGGCUCAUAUCAUUGAAUUGGUCGGGGUCAUCCCUAGAAACAUUGUCCACUCGGGGAGAUACUCACGAGACUUCUUCAAUCGCAGAGGCGAACUGAGACACAUCACCAAACUGAAACCUUGGCCUUUGUAUGAGGUCCUGACGGAGAAAUACGAAUGGGACCCUGAAGUGGCCAAGGGCUUCUCGGAUUGGCUGAUGCCCAUGUUGGCCUUUGACCCUACUCAAAGAGCCACGGCCGAAGAUUGCCUCAAGCAUCCGUUCUUGACUGAUGUCUGACCACUUCCCUCAGGUUGAUGUGGUUGAAGUGCCCUCCUCACUCUAAUGAAUGACGAGCACAACAGUAGUAAUCAAUCUGAUCAUCCUUCAAACAACUUCAUAUUCACCAUCAAAAAUAAUUAUUGCUAUUAUUGCCACCACGCCCUCAUCAGCCACUCCUACUACUACUUCUAUCACCACGCCACCAGCAUCAGUUUCGUUCACGAAGACCCCUCUAAAUCAUAUUACUAUGCAAAUACCACAUAUACCAGUGAUUGAAAAAAGAAAGACGAUCAUCAUCUAUGAAGUGCUCGUGAAAUCCCUACCCCACCGUUUACGAAACCCUGGAUCAAACCGGUGGAGGACAAAGGCAAGCCAACCCCACCCAAAAUUGGAGCCGUUGUGAUGAAAGCGUCACUGUCGUGACCUUGAUCCUUCAUAUGACAAUUGAAAGCAAAGACGAUAACGACGACGACGACAAGCCAGAGAAGAAGCGAAAGAAAAUAGAAAGCCGGACAAUUAGUCAUGAUUGCGGGCAAAUACCACCCAUCUCCCCAUCCCUUUCAAAGCCACUUACUCACUCAACCAAUUAGUGCUAACAUCAUCGCCACCGAGCACGCCAUUCUCAUCUUCGUCAAUACGAAAUGAGAUGGUUGCCCGCCAAUUUCUGACGCUGAAUUCCGUUUCGGCUCACUGGGCUCACUCUCAAGCACAAUUCAUGCGUUCUAUCCCGUGACAUUACAGAAAAACUAACCCAACAAUAGUUAAUACAAAAACAAACCAACCAACAAAAGCUCUCCCCAAGUCUGUACCCACAUUUCAAUAACUGUCCAUCACUCGUCCUUCUUUCUUGGAACAAAAAAUCAGCGGCAGUCGUUCUGCCGGCCACGUGAUAUUUCCCCCACACUGAUUCUCCUCAAGGCUGAUCUUGACGGCCUUGAUCGAGAGGAAAGCUUCGAGCGAACACACUCAAAACACACCUAAAACAUAAAA